UUGUCUAAAAGAAAAAUGAAGAGCACGGCCAGGCCGUGGAGUGCUGUGUCCAAACAGGGGAGCCACGGGACGGACCGAGGGAAGCCCGCGCCCGCCGCGUCAGCAGGCAUGAAGGCCUCCAAGUCGUCCACCUCGCUUGCAUUUGACUCUCGCCUCAGCAAGCUGAAGAGAGCCAGCAGUGAAGACAUGCUGACAAAGCCGGGGGUCGGCGCAACCAUGGGGGGCUCCCGGCUGAAGAAGACCAUCACGACGGGGGCCAUCUCGGAGCUGGCCGAGAACCGGCUGCGGCCGAGCACAGGUUCCAUCCCAUCGUCGAAGCGUACCGGAAUCCCAGCGCCUCGGGAGCUGCCGACUGCGGUAGCCCGGGAAAAGGCGGUCCCGAGGCCCAGGAAGGCCCAGCCCAGCCCGACUUCUUCGGGCACGCCGACCCCCACCAAGCACUCGCGGGGGGCCCUCAAGACCAAGAAUGAGGCGGAGGUCGUGGACCGGGCGGUCCUGGAGUCCCAGGUCAAGGAGCUCCUGGCCGAAGCCAAGACGAAAGACUCCGAGAUCACCAAACUCCGGAGUGAGCUGAAGAAACGGCAAGACAAAGAGCCGCCGGGGAACGGCGACUGCGCCAGCCCGUUAGAUCCGAGCAGGGACCCGCCGCCAGUCGAGACGGAGCCACUGAUCCGGGCUCUCCAGGAGAAAAACCGGACUUUCCAACGGGAGCUCUUGAGCUUGGGGGAGGAGAACCGGCGGCUGAAAGAGAAACUGAGUCACCUGGACCACUCGCCGUUGUCGGACACCAUGAGCAGCAGCAGUCUUCCAACCCCCACCACGCAAGGAUCCAGCUUCGGGAGCCCAACAAAUCACCCCAGGGAGGACGGCCACCUGUGUGUCAACGGGCCGCCGUUGCGCAACUCCGGUUCCUCCAGCAGCGACGUGACCAAAGCAUCCCUCUCGCCUGACGCGUCGGAUUUCGAGCACAUCUUGGACGUCCCCUCGAGGCCGGCCUCGUCCUCCAGCAGCAACCCCUUCAAGACCUCCCGGUGCUCCACGUCGGGGAGCUCGCCCAACAACGCCAGCGACCUCUCGGUGGCCUCCCUGACGGAGAGGAUCCAGCGGAUGGAGGAGAACCACCACUGCACGGCGGAGGAGCUGCAGGCCACGCUGCAGGAGCUCUCGGACCAGCAGCAGGUGGUCCAGGAGCUGACGGCCGAGAACGAGAAGCUCACCGAGGAGAAGGCCCUGCUGGAGAGCUCCUUCUGCCAGCACCGGGAGCGGGCCGAGCAGCUGAGCCACGAGAACGAGAGGCUGGCCACCCUCCUGCAGGAGCGGCCCAAGAGCGACGAGAACAAGGCCAAAGCGCACGAGCUGGAGCAGAAGUGCGCCGAGCUGCAGGAGAAGGCCCAGUUCGAGAGGGAGAAGAUGCUGAACAUCCAGCAGCAGCUCACCAGCAGCCUCCGGAGCCUGGAGCGGGAGCACCAGGACUCCCAGGCGGCCCUCAAGAACCUGAGGGAGGAGAACGGGCGGCUGGCCGCGGUCCUGGAGGCGGAACGGCAGAGCGGCGCCGUCCUGGCCGGCACCCUGGAGGACUGCAAGGUCUCCGUGGAGGGGCUGAAGAUCGAGAGCGGUUCGCUCCGGUCCCAGCUGGAGAGCGAGAGGCGGAAGGCCGCGGCGAUGGAUGCCAUGGGAGGCGACGCCGGCCACUCGGACAUCCGGGAGAUGCUGGAAGGGGCCCGGGCCGAGAAGGACCUGCUAGAGCUCGCUUGCACGGAGCUCAAGCAGGAGCUCUUGAAGGUGCACAGCGAAGUGAAGACCCUGCAAGGGCAGCUGGCCAAGGUCGAGAAGGAACGCGGGCAGCUGAAGGAGACCUGCGACCGGCAAACGGAGCAGCUGAGCCGGGCCAGCCUCCACUUGCAAGAGAAGACGGCAGAGAACGAAACGGAGAUCAAGAACCUGAAGGAAACCAUCUUUGAGCUGGAAGACCAGGUGGAGCAGCACCGGGCGGUCAAGUUGCACGACAACCAGAUCAUCAGCGACUUGGAGAAUAAUCUCCUGGAACUGGAAGACCAGAAGGUGGAUUUGGAGCGGCAGCUGAAGGCCUUGAACAAGCAGAUGAAGGAAGACGCGGAGGAAUGGCGCCGCUUCCAGGCCGACCUGCAGACCGCCGUGGUCGUGGCCAACGACAUCAAGUGCGAAGCGCAGCAGGAGCUGCGGGUGGCGAAGCGCCGCUUGCUGGAGGAGGAGGAGAAGAGCGCCCGGCUGCAGAAGGAGCUGGACGAGGCACAAGGAGGAAGCAGCCGGCCAAGAACAGAGGUAGCAGAUUCCACCGAGGUGGAUUCCACCAACCUCUGGCAAGGGGUCCCCGUGAGCCACACAUCUCCGACGCCCCCGGAAUCUCUGGCCACCGUCAAAUCACUGAUCAAGUCCUUUGACUUGGGAUGCCCAGCCGGAACCGGGCAAACUGUCCCCAUUCACAAGGUCUCCCGGAGUCUGCUCAGUGGGAUUCCCACCAGGACAGCGCCCGCCGCCGCCGUCUCGCCCAUCCAGAGACAUUCUACCUUGAGCACCUCAAAGCCCUCUGGAAAAGUAUUCUCCAAACCCACUGAUCUCCCGGACCUUCCCUUGGCAGACCUGCUUAAAGGGCGAAGUGAGGAGCAGAAGCGAGACCACUUCCUCCGCAAGAGCCCCUCGCUAGAAUCUCUGAGCAAGCCCCCCACCAUGACCUUCGCCGGCAGGAUGCUCACCUCCACCCCCAGCGGCUUGAGACCUCCAAGCAAGCUCAGCGUGGAGAGGAAGGACCCCUUGGCCGCUUUGGCGAGGGAGUACGGCGGCUCGAAGAGGAACGCCCUGCUCAAGUGGUGUCAGAAGAAGACAGAAGGAUACCCAAAUAUCGACAUCACCAACUUCAGCAGCAGCUGGAGUGACGGCCUGGCCUUCUGCGCCCUCCUCCACACUUACCUGCCUGCCCACAUCCCGUACCAGGAGCUCACCGGCCAGGAUAAGAAGAGAAACCUGCUUUUGGCUUUCCAAGCUGCAGAAAGCGUGGGGAUCAAACCCAGUUUGGAGCUGAGCGAGAUCAUGUACACGGAUCGCCCCGACUGGCAGAGCGUCAUGCAGUACGUGGCCCAGAUCUAUAAAUAUUUUGAGACCUGAGUUCCCGGGACACGGCCAGGAGAGUGACGAGGACGAGGGCAUCGGACGCAAAACACCGCGCAACGCACUCGAUCACUUUAAAAGAAAUGCGACACUCGCCCGCCCGCCCGCCCGCCCGCCCCUGCCGGUUCCCGCUCUGCAAAGCCCGUCGGAUACUCCUUGCGGCCCCCGCAAAGGGUUCCGUGCGCCGUGCUCUGAAACGCCCGGGCCGUUCAGGUCAGAGUGCCAAAUCGACUCUUUCCACUCCCAGGGACCAGCCAGAACGACGCCUGUUCCUUGCAGGCCUUCCCACCGCUCGAGUGGCUCUGCGGGCACCACGGAAUGGCUGGUUUUUUGUUCUGCCCAAUGGCAGGACUCCGUUAAUGCAUGUGUCCCGUCCCCCGUCCCCCCAUUCAGCUACUCCUCCAUGCGGUGACUUGAGGAAAUCCUGCAGAAUUCUGGAUUUCUUUUUCCUCUGAGCCUGGGGUGAGUUCGAGGAGCCAGAAGCUGAUUACUGGUGUGUGUGUGUGUGUGGUGGUGUCCCCCAAACCAG